AUGGCUCGUACCAAACAAACUGCUCGUAAAUCCACCGGUGGCAAAGCCCCGAGAAAGCAACUCGCGACUAAGGCCGCGCGCAAAUCUGCGCCGGCGACUGGUGGCGUCAAGAAGCCGCACAGAUACCGCCCGGGUACCGUCGCGUUGAGAGAAAUCCGCAAGUACCAAAAGUCCACGGAAUUGCUCAUCAGAAAGUUGCCGUUCCAACGUUUGGUCAGAGAAAUCGCCCAAGAUUUCAAGACUGACUUGCGAUUCCAAUCCUCCGCGGUCUUGGCCUUGCAAGAAGCGUCCGAAGCGUACUUGGUUGGCUUGUUCGAAGACACCAACUUGUGCGCGAUCCACGCCAAGAGAGUCACCAUCAUGCCGAAGGAUGUCCAAUUGGCGAGAAGAAUCAGAGGUGAACGUGCGUAA